AUGUUUCGAAAUCCACCAUAUAAUAUACCGUCUGACUUCCCUCAAAAUUUAGCCGAUUUAUCGCUUGGUACCAAUCAAUCCGAUUUUGUACAAUUUCAAGGACUACCCGUGUUUGAUGGCUAUUCAAAUAAUCCAUCAAUAGAUGGCACCAAUUUAAAUUCAAUGAAAUGGCCAUCGCCUGAAGAUGUGCAACAAACAUAUCAACAAGGUUACACAGUUGUUCGACAAUUUAAUAAUAGUGUUAUCGACGAUUACUAUAAAAAAUUUUUAAGACCAAUUACCGAUUAUGUUGCUAUACCGACAAAUGGUCAACCCACAUAUGUUUAUCAAAAUUUGGGCACAAACGGACAAACAGUGGGUGCACAACAAACAACAGAUCAAUCAAACGGGAUUCAAAAACCUGUUGAGCCACCUAUCCAAGCUCAAGAACAGUCGGAUGAAACAGAGGAAAAGAAGCAUAAGAAAAAGCAUAAGAAAAAAUCAUCAAAACCAAACGGAGAAUCGAAAACAGAUGAAACGGACAACAAUACACCAUCAAUCGCUGAUCAACAGCAAAAACAAGGUGGCACUGAACAUGGUCAAAAAUCUGAAACACCUCCCACGGAGACGGUAGUCGAUAGCAAGCAUAGCUACCAUAGUUCGAGCAAAAAGAAGAGUAGUAGUUCAAAAUCGCACAAAAAAUCAUCAUCGGACUCCCAUUCAAAACAUACAUCCUCAACGGCUAAUCCUGAUCAAAUACAAAACGGGCAGUCGCAGCAAGUUGGGUAUGAACAACAGCAAAGACUAUCAGCACAACAAGGUCGUUAUGAACCACCUACCGAUUCUCAACAACAAAUAAAACGAACGCAACCGCCAGUGGUCGGUAUAGGACGUUCUCCUGCAGUGAAUUACGGGCCAGCUCAUGUCAGUGCACCAAUGAAACACGAAUCGAAUCCUGUUGUUUAUUUUGAGAUUGAAAUUGAUGAUGACCCACGAGGUCGUCUUGUUAUGGAAGUAUUUCGACAUGCUUUACCACGCACGACACAAAAUUUCUUAGCAUUAGCAACAAAUCAACAAGGCUACGGGUAUCGUUUGUCUUAUUUUCAUCGUAUAAUACCAGGCUUUAUGGCUCAAGCGGGUGAUUUUGAACGUUCUGAUGGUACUGGUGGCUACUCAAUAUAUGGCGAAAAGUUUGAAGAUGAAGGAUUUAUGUUUCGACAUGAUCGUCCUGGUCUCUUAUCAAUGGCAAAUAGUGGCCCGCAUACAAAUGGUUCACAAUUUUUCAUUACAUUUGUUCCUUGUCCGCAUUUGGAUAAUAAGCAUGUUGUAUUUGGACAGUUAAUACAAGGUUUUCACCUAUUAAAAGAUUUGGAGAUGAGUGGUUCGGACGGCGGCGAAGUAACAAGAGAAGUGAAAAUAGCUGAUAGUGGACAAUUGCAAUGA